AGUUCCGUUGACAUUGCGCGGGAAAGGAAGAGUUUCUGUAAACAAACAAUUGUCAAAAGGCAGCCAAGUACUUUUUUUUAAUUUACACAGCAUCAGACAUGCUUGCGGACAAAGCUCUAGAGCUCAUCCGAGAGCUUGACAGAACAAAGGAUGGACAGAUGCCUGCGUUUAAUUUGGAGGUCAAGGCCAUCUUCAGGCUCAACCAGUCAGCUUCCGAUUGGUCUCUAAGGAAGGGACACUAAACAAAUUUAACAUCUGACACAGAAGGAGGAUACUAUACGUAUAGUGUUGGAAGAGAUGAAUACACUAUUUGAACAGAAUCAGCGAGAUGUUAACGCAACAGUGGCUGGUGAUGUUCGUUACUUUUCUGGAGUGCACUUAAGGCAUGCUGCCUUAGAGAGGAAUAGACGUUGUCUUCUGGCAUAUCUGUACAACAGAUUAGAGAGAGUGCGUGACAUGAGAUGGGAGUUUGGUAGUAUCCUGCCUGCAGAUAUCAGAGCUAAUAUGUGCGAACCUGAGAUUAUAUGGUUUAAUAAAUAUAAUAAGAACUUAGCUUCAUAUAUGAGAUCACUGGGGGAAGGAACUGGUCUUGAUCUUACACAAGACAUAAAGCCACCAAAGAAUCUAUAUAUUGAGGUUCGAUGCCUUCAAGACUAUGGAGAAUUUGAGAUAGAAGAAGGAGAUACUGUGGUACUCCAAAAGAAUACCACUCACUACCUUCCAAUGGCUCAGUGUCAGCACUUGAUCAGACAAGGAAUUUUGGAACAUGUUGAAUGAUAAGUUAAACAAAAGUUUUGUUUCUUUAGUGUAACAUUUAUGUAUGAGAAUUAGAUGAAGGCAAUAUAAAAGAUCCUUAAUACAGAUAAGAUAUAUUUUAUGUAGUGUUCUAGUGAAAAUAAACAUAUACAAAAAAUUAUGUUCUUUUUUCACCAAAUUUUUAUCCCUUGAUGUGUUAAGUAACAAGAACCUCUGUGGUUACAAUCUAAAUUUCUUUUGUUUUCUUGGCUGUGCUGUUAGAGUUUGUCACAGGUUAUAAUGCUUGUUUUCAUCGCUAUGCAUUGAAACAAAACUGCUUUAAUACUGCUAUUUUAUAACAAUCCACAAUGAAAACACUAUAUGCUUGCAUUACAGGUGUCAGCUCUCAAUAUUAUGGAAAAUUUCUAUGUACCGUUUAGGGGACCUGAGCUUGCUUGCCUACUAAAAUCAGUACUGGACAAGCCCUUUUCCAAAAAUGUGUAUAUGUAUGGUUAUUUAUUUGUUUGAUUUUUAUAUUAUUAUCUUCAACUUCAAUUUUGAAGUUAAGGUGCUCAAAGAAUAUUCAUACUGUGUUUUUGUAUAUUGAUUUGUACUUCUGGGAGACACACAUGGGUAUGACCUGACUUUUUUUAUGGAGGGGAAGGAAGGGCAAUGAGAUGCCAUCAUCAUCCUUAUCUGAAAUGACCUAGCCAAUAAGAUGUUAAUAGGUAUAUGGGUGGAUGGCAGUUACAAAAUUUUGAAUUAGUCUGAUUAUAGAUACUGAGUAUAUUUUGCAGGCUUUUUACCCUUGCCAUAAUGCCAAAGACACUUAGGCCACAAAAAUUUAUUUACUGUCCACACAUUUAAAAAAAAAAUGUCUUGCAUUUUUCACAUGUUAAGUUUUAUUAUUCUUUGAAAUGGAUUGAAACAGAAAAGAUUGCAAAUUUAUUUGAAACAUUCCAAUUUUUAUUUCCCUGGUCUGUGUAUGGUCUAAAGUGCAAUUUUAAUUUAUAAGCUACUGUGACACAGGAAUGGAAACUUGCUUGAACACGAACUGGAUCUUUGGCCUCCAAACAACUCUGUGGGAGGGGAGGAAUAAAAAUCUAUCAAAUAAAAUAGUUAGGUGACUAUAUAACCAUUUCAUCCUUGUAAACAUUACAUGUGGAAGAUUCAACAAAGAGUUCAGUUUAAAUAUACUUGGUAAUCGAAAGUCUUAAGUGUAUAGAUGUUAAGUUCUCAAACUGCUUCAUGCUUUUUUCUUUUGUUUCAUAUUCAUAAGUUUGCAUCGUGUUGAUUCUGGUUGAAUUUUUCUGCUCAUUCAGCAACCACGUGUGAUCUUUUGGAUAAGGUCAGAUGCAAAAAGGAAUGCCAUUAUCUACAGAGGCAACAACUCUGGCUCUAGUCCAAAUCACAUUUGAGUCUAAAAUGAUGAGCAAAGGCCAAAGAAUACUACCUGCAUAUAUUAAUGUGUUUCAGUAUUUUGUUCCUUUCAUAAUUCUGAAGUAGAAACAUUUAAUCUAACUGGAUAGGCUGGUUAGAAAUACACAUUGACAAAAAAGGUCACUGAGAAGUUAAGGAUUGUGUUGGCUGGGUGAAGCUUUAAAAUAUGGGUAAAAGAAAUAAGUCUAUCAGGCUGUGAAUGUUGGAUGCUCAAGGAAACAGACAGAAUGUACCUUAGGUUGCAGGUAUUUGCCUCUAUUAUUACAAUAAACUUCCAAGGAACCUGUCUUUGGUUAAGCAUUAAAGUAACAGCCUCAAAGUGGUAUACCACCCAUUUGAGGAAAGAUACAGAACACAAUAAAAUCUUUAAACACAGAAUGUAUGCUAUAUACCUCCAGUGACUGGUUAUAACGUUUCUAUGUUUGUUAGAAGGGGCUGGCUACAAACCCGUUCACGAUUAUCUACCAUGAGUAAUUUCAUUAGAUAUGAAGUGCAUAUAUCAACUAUGCAGUUAAAAUUAUGCAGCUAUCAACCCAAUGACAUAGAUGGAGAUGCAAGUGUUUAGUCACCAAGGAAUCGGUUACUAAGCCUACAAGAUCUCACCUGUUUACCCCAUUAAAAAGUUUUUCUAUUACUAUUAUUUUUAUUAAUGUAUCAACAUCAUUAGUAGUAACAAUAACAGUAAUAGAGAUUUAAACUUUCUUCCAAAAAAUUCCAAGGAAUGGGCUACUAUGUGAGAUUUGGUAAGCCUAGCAGUACAACUACUUGCUAACUAAGCACUUCUGAAGCAUCUAUAUGAAAUAAAACCACAAUGUAUGCUGUAUGAAUACACUUAGUCCCACCGUCAUGAGACUACCACAAACAUGGCUAUGUAUGAUCCCUUACUGUGGACAGAAUGUAAACCAAUGUUAGUGGCAAAUUACAGUAUUCCCAAUUCCUUCACAGUCUUCAUGUCUUGAUAUCUUGCAGUAAAUGUUCUACUUUGAAUGCUUUCAUACAUUGACAAAUGAAAAACAGAAGAAUGUUCUAAAGGUAUUUUGGGUUAAGAAAUAAUUGCUUAGGGGGUUUAUAAAUGAAAGCUUAUCAUGAUUUUUGAAUAGCUUCUCUUUUGCCUGGUUUAGAAAGACAAGCAAAGUAAACAAUCACAAUAUUUUACCAAAUAUCUUUUAUACAUAAUAAUUAUAUAAGAAGUAAUCCUCUGUCACUUGAAACAGGAAAGAUAAAACAGAUAAGUUGCAAUAAAUUUUAUUCAAGAUUAUAUAGCACUAGGGAUGGCCAAGUCAUAAUAUCAUAAACAGUUCCUUACUGAAAACUACUGGAACACUUGAAAGGGUUUGAUGAUCAAUAAUAAACAAUAAUCAUCAAAGAAAGUACACUCUAAUAUAAUCAAGUACAACAUUACUGUUAAAAAUAAACCAAGGAUAGUUUCUAUGUAUGUACUGCAACAUCAAGUUUCUCUUUUAGAUGAUAGACUAGCACAAAUAAUGGCAAAGAAGACCAUUUUCUUAAGCAAUGGUUAAAUCAAAAAGGUUUUUCCCUUGGUUCAGCAUGUUUUCCUUUAAUUCGCACAAUAACAAAGUCAUUUAUUCCAAAGUAUGCUCCACAUCAUUCCAAUAUAUUCAGACAAUAAUCAUUCAUGUUCCAAAUGGUAGAGUUCCAUAAAAACCCUCAAAAAAUUAAUACGACUCUUUUCUGAACAUGACAGUGCCAGGUUAAAGCAUCCACAGUAAGCCACAGCUCUGUGCUGGUUUGGCUUACCACUUCAUUAUGACUGGCAUUAUCUGAAUCAUUAGAAUGAUCUUUGUUGGAUUCUUUUUUCUUUUUAAUGUAACAUGAAUCAAUGUUAAUCAAACAG